CUCACUCACUCGCAUUCGCAUCUCAUUCGACUCGCUGCCAGUUGCUGUCGCCGCCGCUGUCAUUUUCAUAGUUUCUUGCUAAGUUAUUUUAACUUACUGUGCCGCGAUGUUUUCCAUGCUGUGUCACUGUUUCUGUAUCCUCAUUUAUUAAGUGUGGCAAAAACUAUUCAGUGUUGAUAAAUUGAAGUCAAUAGAGUAAAAUUCGUAGCGGUGGUUCAUUACUUUGAGUUUUAAGUACGAAAUCUUGUUUAUAAAAGUUUGGUCAAAGUUUACACGGGAGUGGUAGUGAGUGAGUGCGUGUUGUCAUGUCUCAGAAAAACUUUUCAAUCAUCACUUAAACUGGAUCGAAGGUUUUUGGUCGGAGACGGAUAGGUCUCUGAGAAAAUGGAGCCGAGUUACGUGGACGAACGAGAAGACGUUCAAAAGAAGACGUUUACGAAAUGGAUAAACUCUCAGCUAGUGAAGAACGACAAGCCGCUGGUGGAGGACUUGUUCCUGGACCUGCGGGACGGGGAGGUGCUGCUGUCUCUGCUCGAGAUCCUCACCGCCCAGCAGUAUAAACGCGAGCGCGGCCGCAUGCGCGUGCACCACAUCAACAACGUCAACACGGCGCUGCACGUGCUGGACUCCAACGGAGUCAAGCUCGUCAACAUCAGCAGCAACGACAUCGUGGACGCCAAUCCCAAGCUGACGCUCGGACUGGUGUGGAGCAUCAUCCUGCACUGGCAGGUGCACUACCACCUCAAGGAGCUCAUGUCGGAGCUGCAGCAGACCAACCUGGAGAAGACACUGCUGGCCUGGUGCCGCACCCAAACACAGAACUACGCCGGCGUGAACGUCAAGAACUUCACGACGUCGUGGUCGGACGGCCUGGCCUUCAACGCCCUGCUGCACCGCUGGCGGCCGCAGCUGUUCGACUACGCCAGCGUGGUGGCGCGGCCGGCGGGCGCACGCCUGGACCACGCCUUCCAGCUGGCGCACGACCACCUGGGCAUCGACCGCCUGCUCGACCCCGAAGAUGUGAAUACUCCGAACCCUGACAAGAAAUCGAUCAUGAUGUACGUGAUGUGCCUGUUCCAAUCGCUGCCCCACUCCAGCGAGGACGUGGCCGACAUGGACAGCAUCCACUCCGAGCCGGGCACGCCGGUCGCUACACAACCGCCCGAGGUGGCGGGCAGCCGGCCGCUGUCGACGGCCACGACGGGGUCCGGGGAGCUCGGCGGCUACUACAGCGCCUUCGAGGAGGUGCUCGGCUGGCUGUUGGAGGCCGAGGAGCGACUGGCGGCCGCGCCCGCGCCCUCCGGCGACGAGCUGGCGCCGCUGAAGGCGCACUUCCACGCGCACGAGCGCUUCCUGCUGGAGCUGGCGGCGCAGCAGGCGCGCGUGGGUGGCGUGCUGGACGAGGGCGCGCGCCUGCUGCGCGACGCGGGGCUGGCGCGCGACGAGGCCGCCGAGGUACGUCUGCAGUUGCGCCUGCUGGGCCAGCGCUGGGAGGCGCUGCGCCGCGCCGCGCUGGCCACGCAGGCGGCGGGCCACGCGGCGCUCAUGCGCGCGCAGCUGGCGCAGCUGGCCGCGUUCCGGCGCUGGCUGACGCGCACGGAGGACCGCAUGUCGCGCCUGCCGCGCGGCCUGCGCGCGCAGCUGGCGGCCGUGCGCUCGCUGCACGCCGACCUGCGCGCGCACCAGCCCACCGUGGACGCGCUGGCAGACUGCGUCAUCGUCGUGGACGACGACGCACAGGACGCCGGUACGUACGACAGCGAUGGAGGUCGCGUAGCUCGAGUAGAGCGCGGUAAUGCAAGCGGAGCGUGCGCAGGCGUGACGGAGAUAGAGGACGAGCUGACGGCGCUGAGCGAGCGCUGGUCGCACACGUGCCAGUGGACCGUGCAGCAGCUGGAGCGGCUGAGCGCGCUGGAGGCGCAGUGCGACGAGCUGGACCGCCAGCACGCCGCGCUGCUGGCCGCCGCCGACGCCUGCGAGAGCGAGCUGAAGCACAUGGAGGCGCACCCCGCCGCCGACGUGGGCGCCGGCCUGCGCCGCCUGGCCGACCUGCGCCGCCUGCGCGCCGCGCUGCGCCAGCACCAGCGCGCCGCCGCCGCGCAGCUGGACGCGGCCGCGCGCCUGCAGGACCCCGCGCCCUCCGCGCCGCUCGAGCGCGCCGAGGCGCUGCACGACCGCCUGGACGCGCUGCUGCUCAUCCUGGACGUGCAGGCGCAGCGGUUAAAGGAUUUGGGUUUCGACAUCGACUCGGAGUCUGCAUCUGAAGGCGAGGACGCGGCGCGCGACGAGCCGCCCAGCGACAGCAAGAAGCCGCGGAUGGCGGAGGACGCGCAGCCUGACUUCCAGUUAGGUUACAAGUCCUUCGAGACCUGGGCUGCCGAUGCAGAGAAAUCGCUCGAAGAUUGUAAGCAAGAACUCGAAAAUCAAAGUGGCAAAGUGGAAAUCUCGGUAGUUUUGGAACGCGUGGAAAAAGAAAUGGAGACACAACGGGCGGACUUCGCGAACGUGGAGGAGAUACAGCGGAGGCUGGCGGCGGAGGCAGGCCUGCAAGACGACGCCGAGCGCCACGCAGACAGCAUCCGCCAGCUCAAGGCGCGGUGGGACAGCAUCGCGGCGUCCGUGCGCUCGCUGCGGGUGCAGCAGGCGGCGCGGUGGGUGGAGCCGGAGCUGUGCUCGCUAGAGCUGGAGCUGCGCGACGUGCGCGCCGCCGCCGCGCGCAUCCUGGCGGCGCGCGCGCACCACAACCAGCGCGUGCAUCUGCGGCCCCGCCUGCGGGCCGCGCGCGCGCUGCAGGCGCGGGCCACAGGCCUGGCCGCGCGCGCCGCCGCCGCCUGCCUAGAGCCGCGUCUGCAGGAGGUGCAAGCCUCGCUAGCUGCCCUGCUAAAAGAUCUGGCCACGCGCGACGCUGAAAUCUCGGCGCUCGCCGCGGCGCCUGACGACUUCAAGACCCUGCAAGACAAGAUCCUGGCCAUGGAGGCACAGAUCAUCGCGGAGCACGCCGUCAUCUCGACGCCCGAGGCUAUGGCGGACAAGCUGCGGCAGCUGCGCCAGCUGGCGCGCGACUUCGACGAGCUGCAGUCCACGUACGACAGAGUGAUCGCCGAGCGGAAAGACGACUACGAGAAAGGAAGCGUGCAGGAACUCAACUUCAAAAGCAGCCUCGAAAACUUGGUCACCAAGUUCGAAGACUCAAAAAUAAUAUUACAAGAAAAAAUCAAAAAACUAGAAAACGGCGAGCAGCUGGUGCAGCGCUGGCAGCGCGCCGCGGCGGCGGCCGGCGCCUGGCUGCAGCGCCUGGACGACUGGCUGCAGCAGCAGGACGUGCCGCUGGGCCAGCAGGACGCGCUGGAGCUGCUGCUGGACACCAGCAACAAAUUCGAGGAGGAGAAACAGACAUGUAAAGCUGAAAUAGACACGGUGGAAAGCACCAAAGAAUCGAUCCUCGAGGAUUGCGACGACGCCAUCGCUAAGAUGGUCCAGAACGACACCAAGACUCUGGUGAAACGAUACGAGAGCGUCACGCAGCAGGCGUUCAAACGGAACGAGGAGCUGCGCAGGGGGCUGGAGCGCACCGAGGCGGUGUUCCGCAAGAUCGCGGACAUGGAGCAGUGGCUGCAGGAGCUGGAGGGCCAGCUGCCGGCCGAGCACGAGUGCCGCAUCACCGACUCCGCAGAGCUCUACCAGAUGAAGGCGCGCUUCCAGGCCCUCAAGGACAAGUGCGACGACCACACGCAGCAGUUCCGCAACCUCAACGACUCCAGCGGGGACAUGCUGGUGAGCGCGGGCGCGGCGGGCGCGGAGCUGGCGCGCCGCGUUACGCGCCUCAACGCGCGCUGGACGCACGUCACGCACGGCGUCUACGAGCGGUACAAGGUACUGGCGGAGGCGUGGCACGAGAGCGGGGAGCUGCGCGCGUGGCUGACGCAGGAGCGCGCGUGGCUGGACGGGCUGCAGCGCCGCCUGCGCCGCUCGCCCAACGCGCCCGCAGACGCGGAGGAGAUCUCCGACGAGCUCUACGAUCUGGAGAACUACAUCCAGAACCACAGCGACGAGCGCCUGUCGCGCAUACAGGACAUCGGGCGCCAGUUGAUAGACGCGCACAUCAUGCCCGGCUGGAUCCAGGCCGAGAUAGACUCCGUCACCGAGGCCUGGAACACGCUGCGCGCCGCCGCCGCCGCGCGCAGCGCGUUGCUGGAGCGCGGCGCCCGCGAGGCGGCGCGCGCCGACGUGGCCGUGGACCGCCUGCAGCAGUGGCUGGACGCCGCCGCCGCCGCGCGCGGGCCCGCCGCCGCCGCGCUGCUGGCCGACGCCGCCGCGCCGCGCGCGCUGCUGCAGGACGUGCGCGACCAGGCCGACGCCUACCGCCGCGCCGGCAAGCUGGAGGCCGCCGCGCGCCUGCACGACCAGCUCGACCUGCUGCAGCGCCGCUUCACCGACGCCGAGAGCGCGCUGCGCGACGCCUGCGCGCCGCCCGGCGCCGACGACGACGCGGCGGCGCUGGGCGCGCGGCUGGCGGCGGCGGCGGCGGCGCUGGCGGCCGUGCAGCGCGACGCGGCGCGCGACCUGCGCCUGCCCGCGCUGGAGCCCGACCUCGUGCGGGCCCAGCUCCGCACCUGCCUCAGGUUUUACCGGACCCUCAGCGAGAUCAAGUCGGAAGUGGAGUCGAUCAUCAAGACCGGGCGCAAGAUGGUGGAAGACAAGGCGGUCCCCGAGCCGCAGGAGUUCUCCAAGAAGAUCGACAUGUUGAAGGAGUUGUACAACAAGCUGGGCGCACAGAUCACGGAGUCCAAGUCGCGGCUGGAGUACGCGCUGCUGACGGCGCGCGAGAUACAGAGCGACCUGCAGGCGCUCACGGGCUGGCUGGACGGGCUCGGCGCCGGCAUCGGCAAGCAGACGCUGGAGCUGGAGAUGUCCCGCAUGGAGGCCAUCAAGGACAAGCUUAACGCCAACUACACCAACUUCGCCAGCACCUGCGACCCCAUGUACGCCGACAAGCUGCGCGAGCAGAUCGACGGCAUCAACGCGCGCUGGGACCACUUGAAGAAGCACGGGCCGGGCCCUCCUCCCGCGCCCCGGCCCUCCGCUGACAAGCCCGAGGCCGCCGCGCAAGCACUCACGGACGGCGCCGCCGUUGUCGAGUACGAGAAUGUUACAGACACUAUCAAAAGGCGGCUAGAGAGUCCGGUUAAUACUCCGGAAACUGAAAAACCCGAACUGAAAAAGUCUAAGAUACCCUUGGCCUUAAAGAGCCCCGUACCCAUCAGAAGAGAAAUCAAAGAAGGCGGGCACAGGAGCAGAGGCUCCUCACUGGAUAGAGGGAAGCGGGUGUCGGAGAGCCCCGCAUCUGACUGCAGCGCCAUGUCAACCGAUUCCAUUGAGCCUCCGCCCCCGCCCCCCGACGCCCCCGAGCCGGCGGACAGGCCUUCGACGCCUUCUACUCCGCAUACGCCCUCUACUCCUCACCAGAACAGCAGCACGUUCAAUUUGUUGACGGACAGCGACCUCUUCACACAGAUCUCUAAAGAUAAGAUCCUCGCGUCGGCCCCGGCCGCGGCCGCCGCCCCGCAGGCGGACCCCUGCCACGUGGUCGCGGUCAAGGAGCACGAGAUCGUGAAGUCCACCGUCAGCCCCAUCGAGCCCGUCGAGAUAUACCCGUUCGAAGCGAUCGACGCCGUCGUCGAGUUCAUACCGCAAACUGUGGAGACAGUCGAGAUCAUCGACGAUACCGAAAAUGAGUCUCUCACCGACUCCGAUGAUCAGGAGCAAUCCCGACAGGCCGUCGACCUGGGCACCGAACCUAAGACCUUCGUAGUCGAGGUAAAGACUCUGGAGCAGAGGAUGAAACCUACGCUCGGCAUAUUGAAGCGUAAGAAUAGUUCGGAAGAAGACAGCCCGAAGACGAUGCGCGGCGCCAUAGCGGACGUGCCCGACCUGAUCCCCGCGGGCGAGCGCGACGAGGCGGCGUGGCCCGCGCCCGCGCUGCCCGAGCCCUCCGCCACCGAGCUGCGCGCGCGCCAGGUACUGCCCAGCGCGGCGCCCUUACGCCCGACGUCGUGUAGCGAGUUCGACGACAAGGCGCCGUUGUCGACGUCGACUCCGAUCAAGCAAGAGGAGCGCAGCAAGCAGUCGGUGCAAGUGGUGGCCAUGUCGCCCAAGCUGGUCGGCGACCACUUGCCCAGACCGACGGGGGACCGGUCGCCGACGCCCACGGGUGGCCAGUCGCCGAAGUUGCCCGGUGAUCAAUCGCCCGAAAUCAUCGGUGAUGGGAUCCGGGAGUCGUCUAUAGUGUCCGACGAUCAGUCGCCCAAAUUAUCGGGCGAUCAGCCUACAUCAACAGACGACGAGUCUGGCAAAUUGUUAGACGACAAAUCGCCCAACUUAGCAGGUGAUCAGACACCUAAGUCGGCAGACGAGUCGCCAGUCGCGGCGGCCGGGGACGAUGCCAGCAAGUGCGACGGGGAGGCGGACCCGGCGCAGUCGGAGCUGCGCGCGCGCUGGGGCAGCGCGGCCGACGCCGGCGCGCUGCGCUGGGAGGCCGCCGCGCGCGCCCUGCUGCGCCGCAUGGACGUCAUGCUGCUCACCGUGGGCGGCGUGGCCGCCGAGCGGGACCCCGCCAAGCGCCUCGAGAUACUCAAGCACCAGCUGGGGCAGCUCGCGCCCGACGCCGCCGCGCUCAUCUCGCAGGGAGACUCGCUCGUCUACGCCAAGCACAAGGACAACCCGCUGCUGGCCGACUACAUCCAGACUCACUUCCAGGAUAAGUUGCGGAACAAAUGGUCGAUGGUGAUGUCGGAGAUCGAAUUGAAACGCAAUCUGGCGCUACGGGCGGAGGAUAAUCUGAAGGAGCUGAACAAGAUAUUGGAGGAGGCGCAGGCGUGGCCCGCCGGCGACGGCGACGCGCAGGAUGGCGCCGAGCAGGGCGCGCGCGAGGCGCAGCUGGAGCGCGCGGCGGAGCUGGCGCGGGAGCUGCGCGCGGAGCACGUGGGGCUCCCCGAGCGGGCGCUGGCGGCGCUGCUGGCGCGCGCGCCGCCCGCCGGGCCCGAGCACGUGACGCGCGCCAACCGCGCGCGCGAGGCCGUGGCGGCGCUGGGCGCCAUGCUGCGCGCGCCGCCGCUGGGCGGCCGCGACUACGACGAGUUCCCGCUGCAGGAGGACGCGCUGGCCCGCGUGCGCGCCGGCCUGGGCUCGGCGGCGCCGCGCGUGGCGGACGCGGAGCGCGAGCUGGCGUGGCACGCGGGCCGCGCGGGCCCGGCCGCGCCGCGCGCGCUGCGCCUGCUGGACAAGCUGCGCGCCGAGUGGGCCGCGCUGCACGACGCCUACCGCCAGCGACACGACCGGUGGAGCGCGUGCCAGGCGGAGUGGGCGCGGCUGUACGCGCUGCUGGAGCAGGGCGGCGACUGGCUCGAGCGCGCCGAGCGCCGCCUCGACGAGGCCCGCGCCGCGCCGCCCGGCCAGCGCGCGCGCCUGCUGGCCGCGCUGCGCGGCGAGCGGGCGGAGCGCGCGGCGGGGCUGGGCGCGGCGCGGGCGGCGGGGCGCGCCGUGCUGGCGGGCUGCGCGCCGCCGCUGGCGCAGCACGUGCACGACCAGCUGCACCUGCUGGCCGACCGCGCGCACGCACUCACCGCCGCGCUGCAUCUCAUGGAGAUAGAAGAAAACAACAUGCAGACAAAUAGCGACGUGCUGACGCAGGACAACGCGGAAGACAGCACGCAGGAUAACAAGCAGAACGACACCCUGACCAAGACACAGGACAGUACCCAGGACGCCACGCAGUGGAGCGCGGGGGCGCGCGCCGCCCUGAGGCACGUGGAGGAACUACUGGCCGGCACCCGCGCCAACCCGGCCGACAGGACCUGCCUCGCCGUGCGACACAGCCUCGUCAAGCCAGUUGACAUUGCUAACUUGUUGGUCUCUGUUGGUGCGCAGGCCCGCGAGGAGGAGCUGGCCAGCAAGCUGCGGGAGAUGGAGGUGCUGCGCCAGGCCGGGGCUCUGCCCCCCGGGGACGCCGCCCAGCUGCAGGAGCAGUUACAGCAGGCGCAGGCCAGUCUGGCGGAGCACGGCCAGUACAUCGACGCCAAGCUGCACGCGCUCAGCAAGUACUGCGCCGGCCUCGACGCCGCCCUCGCCUGGGCCACCGAGCUGGCCGCGCGCCAGGCCGCCGGCGCCCCCGCCGCCGACAUCGCCGCGGCGGCGGGCGAGCGCUCGCACUGGGUGCGCGAGGUGCUGGAGAACUACACCAACCUGGAGCGCCAGUGCGCCGCCGCGCGCCAGACCGUGGCGCCGCACGUGCGCGACCCCGCGCUGCGCCUGCGCGACCUCUGGCACAAGCUGCGCGCGCCCGACGCCGCGCCCCCCGCCGCGCCCCCCGCCGCGCCCCCCGCCGCGCCCCCCGCCGCGCCCCUCGAGCGGCGCAGCUCGGCGGACAGCGUGCACAGCGUGAUGAUGUGA